AUGAUGCAGGAGACAGAGUUACUCCAGCUGUUGUUGCUUACUCAGAAAAUGAAGAGGUUGUUGGAUUGGCAGCAAAGCAAAGUAGAAUAAGAAAUAUUUCAAAUACAGUAAUGAAAGUAAAGCAGAUUCUUGGCAGAAGCCAGAAAUUUGGUCCUUGGACCUGGCUUCUCAGCAAUUAGCCCUGAGAGGGAAGAAUCUGCUGUCUCCUGGAAAUAGACUGAAAGCACCCAGAGUUUACCCACACCUUCAGAUUUGGCGCCUUGCUGCCCAGGAGCUUUCUUCAGCUAGCCUUCCCAGUCCACUAUGGCCAGUUCCAAUAGCAGUGCGGGCAUCCGAUGGUCCAGACAGGAGACACGGACUCUUCUCUCCAUACUUGGCGAGGCAGAGUAUAUUCAACGCCUCCAGACUGUGCAUCACAAUGCAGAUGUCUAUCAGGCUGUGUCUAAGCGAAUGCAGCAGGAAGGCUUCCGCCGCACGGAACGUCAGUGCCGCUCCAAGUUUAAAGUUCUGAAGGCAUUAUAUUUAAAGGCAUAUGUUGCCCAUACCACAAGUGUGGGUGACCCACCACACUGUCCAUUUUAUGACACAUUGGAUCAGCUUCUCCGAAAUCAGGUAGUGACUAACCCAGACAACUUAAUGGAGGAUGCUUCUUGGGCCAAACACUAUGAUCAGAACUUAGGGGUCUCUGACACCCCAGGGGAAGAGGGAACCAGCAUUCUGAGAGCAAAAAGCACUCAGGCAGCAGAUCAUCAGCCUAUCUCGAAAACAGUUAAGGAAUCAGAUGAGGAUUGUCAACUGAGAAUCAGUGACCAGAUGCAAGAAACCAGUGACCUUGAGGACUCCUGGGAUGAAUCCUCAGGCGCAGGGUGCUCUCAAGGGACCCCCAGCUACAGCAGUUCCCACCACCUUUUCAGAGGUGCAGUUGCUCCCUGUCAGAGCAGCCCCAUGACCAGACUGGGUGUGUCCGGUGAGCCCAGUCCCUGCACCAGCACCAGCCGAAACACUCCUGGGGUGGCCUCCACACAGCAGCCUCCAAUCUCCUCCUCCGGAGUUCCUUUUGUUUCUGGUGGGGAUAGGCCUUUGACCAGUGAGCCUCCUCCAAAGUGGGCAAGGCGAAGAAGGCGGUCAGUGGCCAGGACUAUUGCAGCUGAAUUGGCAGAAAACAGGAGAUUGGCACGAGAACUCUCAAAGCGUGAGGAAGAAAAAUUGGACAGGCUGAUUGCUAUUGGUGAGGAAGCCAGUGCCCAGCAAGACGCGGCCAACGAGCUCCGCAGGGAUGCCGUGAUCGCAGUCAGACGCUUGGCGACAGCAGUGGAAGAGGCAACCGGUGCUUUUCAGCUAGGGCUUGAAAAAUUGCUUCAGAGCUCUGAUGACCCGCAGGCUCAGAAAUACAUCACAGAAAGUAGAUGUUUAGUCAUUGAAAAAAAUGGGAAAUUACGAUAUAAAAUAGAUACUGGAGAGGAAACCAAAUUUGUUAAUCCAGAAGAUGUUGCCAGACUGAUAUUUAGUAAAAUGAAAGAAACAGCACAUUCUGUCUUGGGCUCAGAUGCAAAUGAUGUGGUCAUUACUGUUCCAUUCGAUUUUGGAGAAAAGCAAAAAAAUGCUCUUGGGGAAGCAGCCAGAGCCGCUGGCUUUAAUGUUUUGCGGUUAAUCCAUGAACCAUCUGCAGCUCUCUUGGCUUAUGGAAUUGGACAAGACUCCCCCACUGGAAAAAGCAAUAUUUUGGUGUUCAAACUAGGAGGAACAUCAUUAUCUGUCAGUGUCAUGGAAGUUAACAGUGGAAUAUAUCGCGUUCUUUCAACAAACACUGAUUAUAACAUUGGAGGUACACAUUUUACAGAAACCUUAGCACAGCAUCUAGCUUCUGAGUUUCAGAGGUCCUUCAAACAUGAUAUCAGAGGAAAUGCCCGAGCCAUGGUGAAAUUGAUGAACAGUGCUGACAUUGCAAAACAUUCUUUGUCCACCUUGGGAAGUGCCAAUUGUUUCCUUGACUCAUUAUAUGAAGGUCAAGAUUUUGACUGCACUGUGUCCAGAGCAAGAUUUGAACUUCUCUGUUCUCCACUUUUUAAUAAAUGUAUAGAAGCAAUCAGAGCACUCUUACAACAAAGUGGAUUUACAGCUGAUGAUAUCAACAAGGUUGUCCUUUGUGGAGGGUCUUCUCGAAUUCCAAGGCUACAGCAACUGAUUAAAGAUCUUUUCCCAGCGGUCGAGCUUCUAAAUUCUAUCCUUCCUGAUGAGGUUAUCCCUAUUGGUGCAGCUAUAGAAGCAGGAAUACUUAUUGGGAAAGAAAACCUUUUAGUGGAAGACUCUCUGAAGAUAGAGUGUUCAGCCAAAGAUAUCUUAGUUAAGGGAGUUGAUGAAUCAGGAGCCAACAGUUUUACAGUACUGUUUCCAUCAGGGACUCCUUUGCCAGCUCGAAGACAACACACAUUACAAGCCCCUGGAAGUAUAUCUUCAGUGUGCCUUGAACUGUAUGAGUCUGAGGGGAAAAACUCUGCAAAGGAGGAAAACAAGUUUGCACAGGUUAUACUCCAGGAUUUAAAUAAAAAAGAAAAUGGAUUACAUGACAUAUUAGCUGUUCUUACUAUGAAAAGGGACGGAUCUUUACAUGUGACGUGCACAGAUCAAGAGACUGGAAAAUGUGAAGCGGUUACUAUUGAGGUGGCAUCUUAGUGUUUUAAAACAACAUGAUUUUUUUUAGAACUAAAAUGUCAACAUUAUUUGGUUUUGUUUGUAAGUGAUGUUUAUAUUAAAAAAUACUUUUGGAUGAACUGUAUGUAUCAUCUAUGUUUCUAUUAAACUACAAUAUAUUGAUAAA